CUCAGUUCUGCUCGGCUUUUUUGUGUUUAAAUCUAAGAACUGUUGAUGCCGGGGACCGGGAGAUAACUUUUCACAAGUAAGAAUGACAUAUUAUUGUUAGUAUGUUGUGAAUGUAAUAUUACUGUACUGUAUUUAUGCCCACCAGCGAAAUGACAGCAAAUGUUAGCUAUCGAUCUUCAGCCGGAGAUUUGAUGACAGGAAUAUGUUUCAAACAGGCCUACUCACAAUUUCAGUAGCUUUGGUUAAUUAUCGUUAUCAACAAAUCUUAAUCAAAUUUUUAGUUUUAUGUCCUUUUAAAUAUGAAGAUCAAAAAUAGCGAGUAUAACGUUUUUCUGAAUGCUCAGCUAGCUUCCGAAGGCAACAAGGCUUCUUAGUUUCAACCGUUGUCUUUUUAUUUUUGCUUUCUUAUAACAGUUAUGUGCAGAUCAGCCAGUACAAAAUAACUUCAACUCACUAAAUAACAGUAUAUGAAUAAUAAAACAUGGACCUCAUUCGGACAAUGUUUUUGUGUACACACUCCCAGAUAUCACGUUGUUGUUUUAAAGGUUUCCAAAGGAUAAAGAGAUGAGGAAGAGGUGAGAAAUAGCUUUGAGGAGGGAUGGAUUCACUGCAAGUGAUUCAUCUGUACUAUGCAGUGAGCAUUUCAAAAUGGAGGAUUUUGACAAAACUGGUCAGAUUGAGAGCUGAUGCGAUACCAUCAAUUUUCAGCUUCCCAGUUCACCUUCAAAGAGUUCAAAACUACAGGACUACAAUAACCUCCACAAAAGCUCGAACUGGUGUGUCUGUGGCCUCUCAAGAUGACCCAGAAACUUGUAGUUCAGACCUGCAACCUCAGUCUAAUGAUGAGUAUUUUUUCUAUUGUAAACCUCAUAUCAUAAUGGUCAAGAUCAUAUUAAAAUCUAAAUUGUUAUCUAACACUCAUGUUGAAUGUUCUCACAAAUAAAACCAACACACAGUUGAAGACAUAUACAGUGCUGCUGUUGUCUGAAAGAAAGUGUACCAUAGUGGUGUCUAAGUGAUAUGUGAUAUCCAUCCUUCUGUCUAUAGGAUCAUUGCUAUGCCUUGCCAGCUUCUCUUACCGUUGGCAAGAGUGGAAUAUCUGGAGCGGGACAAGAAAAACACCAUGGCCAGAGAGAAGAGGGCAAAGACCACAGUAAAGUCACUUUUGGGGGAAUUGAGUGAAAAAAAUCUCAUUAAUGAAGAACUUAAAGAACGGCUUGAAUUCUACUCUGAUCUACAACUAGAGUUUAUGGAGAAAAAGGGCCAUGAAUACUCCAACGAAUAUAGAGAGUUUUCCCUCACACUUCAUCUCCAUGGCCCAAAGGCAUACAAAUACCUUAGAGAGAAGCGAAGAUUUCCCCUCCCACAUCCGCACACAUUACAAAGGUGGUUGUGUUCAGUAGAUGACAGGCCUGGCUUGAACAAGAUGAUGCUGGAUAUGCUGGAGAGAAGAUGCCAGGAAGACCAUGCUAAAUAUGGAUUUGUUUCACUCAUUUUGGAUGCAAUGGCAAUCAGAAAACAUGUGCAAUAUAAUCCACAUACACAGUCACUGUCUGGCUUCGUGGACCUGGGGGAUGGAAACAAUGAGACUGAGGUUGCUACUGAGGUUCUCGUGUUUAUGGUGGUUGGCUUCCAAGGGCAUUGGAAGGCUCCCAUUGCGUACUACCUCACAGUGUCUCUGUCACCAGACACACAAAAGGUACUUGUCAGUCAUGCUUUAGAGGAGCUGCAUGCUCGAGGAAUUCGGGUGCUAUGUAUAACAAUGGAUGGGCAUGCUACCAACAUCAGCAUGUGUAACCAACUUGGGUGUGAACUGAAGGGAAACCCACAAGAGCCCCUGAAAACCAGUUUCCCACAUCCAGUUUUUGGAGAGAGAGUAUUUGUAAUGAGGGAUCCAUGCCACAUGCUGAAGUUGACACGUAAUAUGUUGCAGGCAUAUAGCCCAAUAGCAACAACCACUGGACAUAUCAACUGGAGGUACAUAAAUCAUCUCAAUGAUGUGCAGAAACAACAUGGACUACACGCUGCCAAUAAAAUUUCAGACAAGCAUGUGUACUUUGAGAACCACAAGAUGAGAGUGUCCCUGGCUGCACAAACACUGAGUCGCUCCGUGUCAGUGGCCCUCCGCACUAUGAGAGAUCUUGGGUACUCUCCGUUUAAAGAUUGUGAGGCAACAGCAGCAUUUAUUGAGGUAAUGCAAUUGGUUAAUAGAGAAUGAAAGUAUAUAUUUUAUUAAUCCAUUAUAAAAUGAAUUAACAUUCUGGUAAAAUAAGACUGUUAUUACUUAUCAAAUAAUUAUCUGUAUAUUUAGAACAGAAUUCAGUGAAUGCAAAGUAUUGAAUUCACCUAUCGGAUACCUAACAAAACCCUGCAAGUUUGGCAUUUCAAAUAAUGAUUUAGAUGUCGCAGUUUCUUACAGAUGAUUGACAGACUGUUCGAUACAAUGAAUGCAUGCAAUCCUCGUGCUAAAGGAUUCAAAGCUUCCAUGGGAUCUUGGAAUUGGAUGGAAAGAAAAGCAUUUCUUUCUAAUUCUAAUUCUAUUCUUUAUUAUA